GAAUCGGACUCCAAGAACCGUUCCCGUGAAGGAGUCAUUGUUCAUAAAGUUUAGUUCUCUUUAGGCUGCAAUGCCUGAAGCCCCCAAUCAUGCGGGGGGCCGUAUAAGACUUAAUCUCACCCGCGCCGUUGCCAGAACAGCCGAAUAAUUUAUGCUAUCAUUCAGUCAGUCAAGCUCACCAACUCAUCUACUUCUACCCCAAUAUCCUCUAUUCAUCCAUGUCUCGCGCGGAAAAGUACGACACCACAACCCUCAAGCCGGUGCAAAUAGGGAUGAGGAAAACCAUCACGAUUGAGCACGCACCUUGAAUCGAAGCAUCUUUCUGACUCGUUCUCACCUGGACCAUUUAUUUCACCAUAAUUAAGCAAGCCUCUCUUUUAUGCAACUAAGGUCGCGAAUUGAUCUCAAACUGUUACGAUGCGUUCCAACGCCCCCCAGCGCUUGUUUGAGGGCCUGCCCUUCGACAUCCACUUCGAAGUAGUUAGGCAUCUGGACUUUAUGAGCGCUCUCAAUAUGGCAUCGACGAAUCGAUUUUUUCAUCAGAUUCUUAAUCUGCGAGCUAUUCUCCCUACUAGCGAGUUGGUUGAGUUCAUUCGCGAACGAAGUAUGGCAGGUCAGAAUAGAGCAGAGAACCUCUUUGCCUGCUAUCAAUGCUAUCGACUCCGACCGAGGGAAAAGUUUUCGAAGAAGGCAACUGCGGACAGACUACACCAUAGGCAUAAACUCACCGAGGAAGCCCGUCGAUAUUGCUUUGAUUGCUCCGCGAAGAACCGGUUUUACGACCAUUUGCGACCAAUCUCGAACGGGAAACUGCGGUACUACUUUUGCCAUAACUGUGGUCAGUACCGGACACGUUCUGGUAUGUGUCACGGACCACGCCGUGAAAUUGAUCAGGGGGAUGGUGAGAUGCUCGCAUGGUGUCAACCGAAACCAGCAACGCCAGAGGGAGGGCUGGAGACGCUUCCUGCACAUAUAUUGAAGAACAUCGUUUCCCAUUUGGGAUAUGACGAGGCGCUUCACCUUGCCAUGGUUAGCCACACUCUCAGGGACACGGUCCCGCCUAUUAAAUGGGUUGCCCUCCAUACCCGCUUUCGAUUCCUUCGAGACAGGUGGACCGCGGACACGGUGGAUGUUGACAUAGGAGCCAUGAAGACGUUCCCAUGCUACUUGUGCUGUCGAAUCCGGCCCAAGGACAAGUUCACCCCGACCCAGCUUCGCAUGGCCGAGACAUACCCCCAAACAUCCUGGAAAAUGCGUUGCCAGGCAUGCGUUCAGCGGAUGUACAUCAGUGAGAGGAAUUUGAUGAAGAUUGAGUACAAUAGGCGCCGGAUGUGCGAAAUCUGCAAGUGCCUACGGCGUGGUCGGGAGACUUGUGGUGGCUGCUUGGAGCUGUAUGUGAAAGGAGCCAUUGACCAGCGGACCAUGUAUCCAGAGGGUUUGGGGCGGAAACGCGAUUAUGGAGAUCAUCUCAAUAGGUUGGAUGGCCUUUUCGAUGGCCAGGAUUGGGUCGAGGCGUAAUUAGGCGAUGUUGAUCAAGCGAUUCUGUUCUGCAUUCUAUAAAGUUGGAGGCAUGUGUACACAU